AUGGCCUCGAUCGCGGCAUCUCUGGCGUCGGCCCUCCCGAAACCCAAGUACACCGGCGAAGAUGAGGAGAUCCCUUCGCGCGCCAAACAGCGCGGCCCGCGUAUCGUUGGGGCUGGUCAGCUGGACGAGACGCAAAUCGUGCUGAAGCGAUCCGGUCCACCCCCAUACCAGCAGCGAGCAGGAUGGCGACCGCGAGGACCCGAAGACUUUGGCGACGGCGGCGCGUUCCCCGAGAUCCCGAUCGCCCAAUACCCGCUCGAUAUGGGGAAGAAGGGCUCGACAUCCAGCAACGCGCUCGCCAUCCAGGUCGACGCCGAGGGCAAGCUCGACUACGGGGCUAUUGCGCGUCAGGGCCACAGCGAAAGUCGGAUCGUCCAUACCUCGUUCAAAGACCUCAUACCCCUUCGUCAGCGCGCCGACGCGGGCGAGAUUGACCUGAGCCGACCGAGCCAAGAGGAGGUGGCGGCGACGGCGGAAAAAACAAAGAAUGCACUGGCAGCGCUGGUCAGCGGCGCUGUCGCCUCCCAGAAGCCCAAGACCCUCAGCGUCGGAAAGCGAAACGACCCCACGUUCGUGCGAUACACGCCGGCGGACCAGAUGGGGGACCAUUCCAAGAAGCAGGAUCGCAUCAUGAAGAUUGUCGAGCGCCAGAGAGAUCCGCUGGAGCCUCCCAAGUUCAAGCACAAGAAGAUUCCUCGCGGACCCCCCAGCCCGCCUCCUCCGGUCUUGCGAUCUCCACCACGGAAGUUGACGGCCAAGGACCAGGAGGAUUGGCGCAUCCCGCCGCCGGUCUCCAACUGGAAGAACCCCAAGGGUUUCACGGUUCCUCUGGAUAAGAGACUGGCAGCCGACGGCCGCGGUCUGCAGGAUGUGGCGAUUAACGACAAGUUUGCACAGUUUUCGGAAGCGCUGUACGUCGCAGACAGGCACGCUCGCGAAGAGGUCCGACAGCGCGCAGCCAUGCAACAGCGCCUGGCAGAGAAGGAAAAGGCACAAAAGGAAGAGAACCUCCGGAUGCUGGCCCAGAAAGCUCGCGAAGAGCGUGCGGGCGCCGGCAGACGGGAUUCGAGAUCGCGGUCGCGGUCGCGGUCGCGGUCACGCAGCUACAGCGGGUCCGACUCAGAGGGCUCGGAGGAGUCCGAGGUCCGGGAGAGAGAGAGAGCAAGGAAGGAGAGGAUGCGCGAGGAGGAGAGGAAGCUUCGGCAGUCACGCAUGGGGGCCGAGAGGAGAGUCCAGGUCAUGGCCAGAGAACAAAACCGAGACAUUUCGGAGAAGAUCGCGCUCGGCCUCGCCAAACCCACCCAGUCCAAGGAAACCAUGUACGACUCGCGGCUGUUCAACCAGUCCAGCGGCUUCGAUAGCGGCUUCAACGAGGACAACCACUACGACAAGCCGCUGUUUGCGGCGCAGGAUGCCAUCAGCAGCAUUUACCGGCCACGGGCCAACAUGGACGACGAAGAGGACGAGGCAGCGGGCGACAAGGAGAUGGCCAAGAUUCAGAAGUCUAGCCGGUUCGGCGAGGCUCUGGGCAGGGGCACGUUUAAGGGUACAGAAGAUGUCGAGGCAAGAGAGGGACCCGUGCAGUUUGAGAAGGACGCUGGAGAUCCUUUCAACGUGGACAAGUUCCUGUCCGAGGUGGAGCAGAAUUCUUCGUCAAAGAGAGGAUACGGGCUUCAGGACGACGACUCGUCCCGGCAGCCGAAACGGGCGCGGGUGGAAGAGGACGACGAUUAA